AUGGCCCAAAGAUUUGGGGGAAUUUGUGUGCUAGGUGAGGAUGAGCUAGACCUAAUCGUCAACAAGUUUAGCGACCCAGCUGAUCGGAAAUCGGUCUCGGAGGUCUGCAAGCUAUGGUAUAAAGUGGAGAGUCUCAACCGGUCAUCACUUCGUCUUCUCGCUCCCGGUUGUCCCCGUCAGGUCGUCAACCUCAAUGGUCUUACUGGGGUUUAUCCACCUUUCGUUUUCUCUGGCGUAGGUCUUCUCAGUUUAGCAAAACAUUGUCCAAAGUUGUCAAAGGUUAUGCUUAAUAAUGUGAGACUGCAUAUUAUUCAUUCUGUACCUAUUUCGCUUAUAAGUUUAGCACCCAAUUUGAGGCAUUUGGAUUUGGGAAGUUGUCCUGUUGUCACGGACGAAACCCUUGAAGCAAUUGGGUCUUCCAGUUCGAUUAGCUAUUUGAAUUUGGCAGGGUGUUUCAAGAUUACUGAUCGCGGGUUGGGUUUUCUAGCAAAUGGGUCUGUCUCAAAAUCCCUCAAGACAUUGUUCCUUGCUUGGAUCAAAGGCCUUACUGAUGUUGGGGUCUCGCAUUUGCACAAAAUGCAUUGCUUGGAGCACCUUAGUUUGGCUAACCGUUCGGUAUCAGAGAUCACCGAUAUUGGAGGUGUCGCAAUCUCGACCAUUGCUACCCUCAAAAGAUUGAGCUUGCAGUUGCUGCACAAAAUAUCAGACCUCACUAUUAGGGCUCUUGCUCGGAAUUGCCCCAACUUGGAAUUCCUCGAUUUAAGUAAAUGUGGAAUAACUGGAGCUGGUGUACGUGCAUUUUCGGGUCACCCUAGCUUACGGACUAUUAUUCUGCGCUUCUGUGAAGUCGACGUAUCUGAUUUAGACCAUUUGGUGCUUAGGUGCCCAUCAUUGAAGUCUAUUCUGCUGGACAAUAAAAAGCUAGAGCAGAUGUUGCCGCUAAUAGGGACGCAAACUAGAAGUUUUGUGAAAGGAAGAUGAUGUUGCCCAUAUGAAGUUCUGUGAAGUUUUGUGAAAGCAGGCUAGAUGAUGUUGCCCAUUAUCUAGCAGACUAGAUGGUUCCAGAUUGAUCUUGGGUUGAUCUAUGCAGCUUGUUUUUCCACAUCAAGUAAUUUUAUCUUUUGAAACCUCAGCUGAUGAAGUCUGUCCAUGUUAAAUCUUUCAAAGACAAUAGCGUUUUCCGGCAAUUUCUGUUCAGUAUCUAGUCUUAUCUACAUCUUCAUUAUCUGUAUUUUCAGGUUAUCCAUGUAGAGUUGGAAUGUAUGUUCUUAUUUGUUUUAGCUUCAUCCAGUUCCAUUUGAUAGAAACUGCACAUUACUGGAGUUUAAACGUCUAGGUUGCACAUACUAUUUUUCUGUCCA